CCCAAUCCUACUUAGAAAUGGUGGCACUUCCAAAUUCCAAGGCAAUGUCUUAUGUGGGUGUUCUUUUUCCCUCCAUCUCGCCCCCAUGAAAUAUGAAUGCAUUGAAAACCAAUAGUAUAAGCUAAAUUUCACCUAGCCAAGGGUAUGAUUUCAUACUUGCUACUUUUAUUUUCAAUUUCUCUCUCCUCUUUAGAGACUUUAACCAGGCCAAGGCUUUCUCACCACUAACAUUAUUAAUUCCAUGUUCCAGGAUGAAUUGAUGUUAAGUGGUUAGUGGUGGCAGUAAGAGUACUGUAAAUGGGGAAGAAGCAUGGAAGAGUUCCGAAUGUGUUGUGGAGACAAUUCGGAGACAAAGCUCGUACCCUUGCAAAAACCAUAAUCUCAUUGAUUCCUAGAGAUUGUAACUGCAAUGCAAAGGGUAAAUGCCUGCGUUGUAUUUUCGGUGAUGGUGAGGAAGCUGCUAUGUCUUGUCUUAUCAGGCCUCAUGAUCCCUCCAACUACCGUGAUUUUAUGACUACUUGCUUUGUCGUUAUUCCGCAUGAUGCUCCUCCUAUUUCUGCUCUACUCGGCUUCACCCGGCAUUGGUCUCAACUCCAGAUUGUUGAAAGGACCAUUCAAGCCUUUUUCAGCAAGAAGAUUGCACCAUCUAAUGUCAUAUGCCAUGGUUAUAAGAAGUUCAAAUUGCACAGCACCAUUGUAAAGGUUCUAACUAGUUGGGCCUGGGAACUGGCCUUAGAAAGGGCUGGGGACAGUGUCAUGGCUUAUAUACUCAUGCACACGUUGAUCUUCAUGCCUGUCAAGGGCAAUGCACACCAGCAAGUAGCAGGUCCUCUUGUUAAUCGGCUAUUUGCAAGGUUUCCCGUGCCCAUACUCCCAGAUGACUCAGGGUCUUCCUUACAUGCAAGAUAUCAACAAAAGAGAAGAAGAGGCAGUGGAGAGAUCUCAAAUCUUGAAGAGCCUGUCAGCAAGGUGCCUUGUAGAGCUAGUCAGCAGAAUUUACUUGGUUCAGCUGGCUUUAUAAAUGAGGAUUAUCUGGCCACACAUUGUCCCAAAGCCAGCACUAUGAUAUCUGAGAAGUGUUUACAUGAACAGCAUGUUCCUGAAGAACAAAACAUUGAGAAGCUCAAAGUAAAGCGUGGGAAGCGCUUGCGAUUGCCAAGUUGGCAGCGCAGGAAGAGACGCAAGGGGUUGAUAUUGCAAGGGUCCUGUAGUCAGGAUCCUUCCAGCAAAGUUUUGGACAACGAAGAUGUUAUAAAUGAGACUUGUCAGCAUGUUGUGGGCAACAUUAAGUGCCACAGCCUCGUGGUGCCUACUUCAGAUACAAAUUCAGAUAAUCAAGAGGGUGCUGGUCUUAGAUCUAAACAACUGAUGCAGUUGUGCCCCUGUUGCUCUGUGUUUCAAUCAUUGUCAAAAGUCUCUAAAGAUGCCGAAAUUGUUAGGAAGCUUAUGUUCUACAAUUUGAAGUCUUCAGCAUCUCUAUUUUUGGAAAAGCAUGUCCUACACGCCAUUAAACCUGAUUUUGCUGGUGUGAAUGAUCUUCUUCUACAUAUCUUUGGUUUGUCAAAGAUGGGUACAAAUUUACCCACAUCAUGCUUCCAUAAACACGGGCUUUGUUCACAUGGGUCUUCAUGCUUAUACCACUCUCUCGUUAAGUUGCUUAGAGACUUUCUCCACAGAACUAAAAGAUGCCCGCAUUUAGUUUUAUUGAAAAAGCACUGCUCUUCUGAACCCCCCUUUCAGUUUGAUGGAGACGGAGAUGUUGGUUCCACUCUUCAGGCUAGCAAUAUGGAAACAGCAUUAUCAAGCUCUAAACAAGAGCUGAAUCUGAAAACUGGCCAGGUCCCCAAGACGAGUGGCUCUAAGAGAACAACUGAAGUCAUACAGUGUCAAUUUGGUCUGAGCCGGCCGUAUUGCUUGAAAGAGGAAGUUGUAUCAUUUGUGUGGGCUGUUUGUCGUAGCAUAGUCCCACCUGAUCUUUUAGGAUUCCCAUCCUGCCAGAGAAUCUUGCGAAGAAAUAUCUCUAGAUUUAUUAGGCUCCGACGGUUUGAGAAGUUUUCUUUAAAGCAAUGUCUGCAAAAAUUAGACGUGUCAAAGUUCCCAGUGCUAUCAAAUAUGGAUUCGUUCAAGUGCUUUGAUGCCUUUUCCUCUAAGCUUGCGAAUAAGCAGAUCACGGGGCUGUUGCCAUAUUCACGGAACACUAGCCAUUGUGCUCUAAAACAGAUGCUUUUGGAACGAUGGAUCUUUUGGUUCUUUUCUCAUAUCGUUGUCCCCCUCAUACGGGCGAAAUUUUACUUAACAGAAAGUGAGCAUGGUAGGCAGAACGUGUUUUAUUAUCGCAAAUCAGUUUGGCACAAGCUGAGCCACAAAGUAGCCUCAUUGCUGAAGGAUCAGACAUAUUGUUCUUUGGAUAAUGCAUCUGUAGCAGAGAUAUUGAGCAAGAGGUCUUUUGGUUUCUCAAAGGUUAGGCUUUGCCCAAAAGAAAAUGGAGCCAGGCCAAUAGCAAAUCUGAAGGCACCAUCCAGAUUUUGCUUUAAAAGAUCACUUUCACGUGCACAGUGGAGUGAGGUCCGCAGAAAAAAGAGGAAGGGAAAAGUAAAUAACAGAACCCCCUUUAUGAAGUCUGUAAAUACAGUUCUACGAGAUUUGCAUGUUAUAUUCAAAGAUCUGAAGGUCAAAGAACCAGAAAGGUGGGGAGCAACAGUUUUUUCUUAUAAUGACAUCCAUAGAAAAUUAUGCUCAUUUCUGAGGCAUCUGAAGGAAGGACGGCCAACCAUGCCUACUGUAUACAUUGUAGUUUCUGAUGUACAAAAAGCAUUUGAUACUGUCAAACAGGACAAGCUUCUAUCCAUAUUGAAUGAAAUAGAAAUGGAAGACCAAUAUUCUUUGCAGAAGUCCUGUGAGAUCUUCUGCAGGAAAAAAUCAUUGUGGAUCUCUGAUAAUCUAAAGCUGAUGAUUCAAGGCAACACUGGUGAACCUACAGAGUUCGCUCCUAUUCGUCAGAGGAUUUCUCAUACAGUUAUCGUCAAUCAGGAGCAAAGUAUAACUGUAAGGAGUGAAAAACUCAAAUUAAAUUUGAAGGAGCAUCUAAAAAACAAUGUGCUCAAAUUAGGUAAAUGUUUUUUUCUGCAAAGUGUUGGGAUUCCUCAGGGCAGUAUUUUGUCAACUUUGCUUUGCACGCUGUACUAUGGACAUCUGGAGACAAAUAUUAUCCUUCCUUAUAUUGCAAAUAAUGCUCAUGACUCCCUAGUUCGGGAUGACAAUAGCUGUGCUACUCUUGAAGUUGCUCCAGAUGUAUCUUCCUCAUCUCCCAACAAUCUCUUACUUAGGUUUGUUGAUGACUUUCUUUUUAUCUCAACAUCCAAAAAGCUGGCUGCUAGUUUCUUCUCCAGGUUGCAAAGAGGAUUCUUAGAAUACAAUUGUUACAUGAAUCCGGAGAAAUUCUGCAUGAACUUUGAUCCUGGCGACACGAAUAAUCUUCAUUUGCAGAGGAUGUUAAUAGGAAAUGAUGGUGUCUCAUUUAUGCAGUGGAGUGGCUUGCUUAUCAAUAGCUGCAAUUUAGAGGUUCAGGCAGACUAUAGUAGGUACCUCAACGAUCAUCUGAGUUCGACAUUGACUGUGAGUUGGCAGCGUAAACCAGGACGGCAAUUGAAGGCUAAGUUGCGUGCUUAUAUGCGACCUAAAUGUCAUCCUAUAUUCUUUGAUACAAGUAUAAACUCGCCGGCUACCAUCAGGCUAAAUGUGUACCAAGCUUUUGUGCUGUGUGCAAUGAAGUUUCAUUGUUAUGUUCGUGCAUUAUCAAUCUGGUGCAAGCUUCGUCCACAUAUCUGCUUGUCUAGCAUAGAGAGCUCAUUAAGAUAUAUGUACAAACUGAUGAAACGAAGGAUGUAUAAGGUUAAAUGCGCAUCUAGCUGCCAUCACGUACUUCAAGUGGCGGAAAAAGAAGUUACAUGGCUUGGAUAUACUGCAUAUAUCCAGGUGCUGAGCAAGAAAAAAUCACGACACAAAGAAUUGCUUCGUCUCUUAAAAACGGCGUUGGCGCCAGUUUCCAGAAUUGGGCGUUUCUCGAAACUGAAGUAUGCUGUUGAUGAAUCUCAUUCCUCUUUUCUGUGGAAAAUUAAGUACUAGUGAAGAAUUUCCUCUUUACAAUUAUGUCCUAACUCCUAAGAAUACUGGUUAGUCUCAAAAUGGCAUGUCUUUCUACUGUUGUAUUGAGAAGUGAACUUUUUUCGCAAAAUGUAUUCCUCAAACCUUAUUGUAUAAGGCUUGUUUUCUUGGUCGAGCUGAGUGUUCGUCGGAGUUGAAUUAAAUGGUAAACUUCCACCUUAAGAUUA